AUGUCGCUCAAGGCCCAGGCCCCGCCCCCCGGUGUCAGUCAGCGCCCAGGCCCCGCCCCCUGGAUGUCGCUCAAGGCCCAGGCCCCGCCCCCGCCUGCUGAUUGCAGGUCCAGGAGAGGGUCGGGCGGGAGCGCCGGCAGCCGGAGACGAGCGAGCAGCCGCAGCGGGGGGAGCCAGGCCUCGUCCUCCGGGGGCAAACCCGCAGCCCGGGGCUCUGCCGUGCGGGUCUUUGAUGAUGAGGGGAAGGAUGUGACACCUCGUCCACUCUUCCAUCCAGACCCAAACACUUCCCAGCAAGGCAAGCUCUGGGCAGCAGCUGCUUCCUUUGGGGAUGCAGGAUCUGCUUUUCCCUCUUCUUUUCCCUUGCAGCAGCCAGCAGGAGGGAAUGCCAGCCUAGGUUCAUUCCCCAGGACACAAGGAAGCAGCAGCAUUUCCGUAUCCAACGCUUCAGGAACGGAGUCCAUACCAGAUGGAACAGCAGAACCUGGCUCUCACCACGACACGACUGUUGGCUUAUCUGAUGUGCAGAUGAGGCGAGAGGAGAUAGCAGAAGAACUGACAAAAGAAGACCUAGAGAGAAGAGUGGAUAUCUACCUGACCGAGACAGAAACUCUCUGGAUGUUGGAGAUGGCACCUGCUGUGGUGUCCACAGAGUCAGCAGAGGCUGCAAGAGUGCUGGAGAGGAACAAGAUUUAUGUUGACAUGUGCAAAGCCAGACCUGGGAAUGAUCAGUUUGUAGAAAAAACAAUGCAAACCCUUAAAGGAGCUGCAAAGAACAAGGAGGUGCAGUGUGACAGAAUCAUCCUGGAAGAUAGAGGGAUGACAGUCACCUCCUGGGACCUGUACGACUCGUUUCAUGUCUCGGAAGGAGAAGGUCCAUCAAAAGCAGAAGGCACCAGAGCCCCUGCUGGAAUGCACAAGGAGAAGGGAUGCCAGUCAGAAGCUAUAUUAACAUCAGAAAACUUCCAGAGGGAUUUAUUUUUCAUGGAGAGAAUUCUAAUGGAGAAUAUCUUUCAGCCCAAACUUGCAGCCUACCGGCAGCUUCCCAUCCUCACAGACACCAGCGACACAGAAGCAGCUGUGGAAGAUGCUGAACAGGAAGAUCAUGAGAAGGAAGAGGAGGCUGAGGAAGAGGAGAAGGAAGAGGAGGCUGAGGAAGAGGAGAAGGAAGAGGAGGCUGAGGAAGAACAGGAGGAAGAGGAGUCUGAGGAAGAGCAGGAGGAAGCCUUCAUUCACCCAUCAAUUCUGGCAUAUCUAAAUGAGACACCAGAAGAAACUGUGCUCCCCAGACUGGAGCAGCUGUGGUCGUAUCAGUGUGAUUUAACCGAGGGUCACAGUGUGAGCAGCAUGGCCUGGAGCAAAGCAAACCCUGAUCUUUUAGCUGUUGGUUAUGGAACAUUUGAUUUUAAAGAACAGAAGGAAGGCUUGGCUUGCUGCUGGUCACUGAAGAACCCCAGGUGGCCCGAGCGUGUUUUCCGGUGUAAGCACGGAGUAACUGCUUUGGAUUUUUCCAUGGCCAACCCAAAUCUCUUAGCAGUGGGAAUGUACAAUGGUUUUGUUGCCAUCUAUGAUGUACAGAGCUGCAAGGACACUGUAGUUUCAGACAGCAGUGACUCUCUGAGCAAACACACGGGCCCCGUAUGGCAACUGAGGUGGGUGGCACAGGACAGAGGUACAGCAGGAGAUGGCAGAAAGGAGAGACUGAUCAGUAUCUCAGCAGAUGGCCGAGUAACCCAGUGGUUUGUACAGAAAAGACUGGACUGCACUGAUCUGAUGAAAAUCAAGAGAACAGGAAGUGAGAAGAGGGAAUUACCAAGUGAGAAGGAAUGGAAAAGUGAAACUGGGAUAUCUCAUCAGGCAGCUGGAAUGUGCUUUGCCUUCCACCCAAAGGAUACUGAUCUUUAUCUUGCUGGGACAGAAGAAGGUCACAUCCACAAAUGUUCUUGUUCUGGCAAGGAGCAGUUUCUAGAGACAUACAGAGGCCAUAACGGCCCUGUGUACAAAGUCACUUGGCAUCCGUUCAGCACCGACAUGUUCCUGAGCUGCUCUGCAGACAGGAGCAUUUUCCUGUGGCACCAAGAGACACAAACACCCCUUUUAACUUUCACUUCCACCGGUGCUUUUGUUCUGGACAUCAUGUGGUCUCCAAAAUCAGCCUUCAUCUUUGCAGCAGCGAACGAGAGCAGAGUAGAAGUUUGGGAUCUUAGCAUCAGCGUCUUUAGCCCCCCCAUCUCUUGCUCUGCCAGCCCAAGGGGGAGAUUCACAUCUGUGCUCUUCGCCACCAACACCGACUGCCUGCUCGUGGGAGACAGCCAGGGAGGAAUCUGUGUGUUUGAGCUGCAGAACCUGCCUGCUCCCAGCAGCACGGUUGAUGCUUUACCAGACAUCAUUAGUCCUCUUGUAGCUGUUUAACAGCAGCUAGAUGAUACCACUUCUCAGCUGGUAAACAACGAGAAGGACUUACUGUAGUGGUAACAUAAACCAUUUAUUCUUUUUCAAUCAUUAAAGUUUCUCUUUGAGACAA